CGCACUGUAAAUCGUUCCCAAAAACCACCGCCUGAGUACAGGCUGCUGCAUAUCUUUGGGACAAGGAGGAAAAUCGCGGUGAUGGGAGAGAAUGAUCGCUACCGAAGGCCGCUAUCGUCGAGGCACGGUCUCAUCUUAACAUCCAUCUCAUUCUUGGCGGCGUUUUCGAUCCUCGAGUUUUAUGGAAAGCUUCAGAUAUUUUUCGAUGUGAAACAAACGUACUAUGCUAAGUCCAAUUCCACCAACAUUGUGCACGGGACCAAGGAAGUCCUUUCCAAAGGCUCUGACAAUCUAUCAACGAAAGACCAUUCUAUUGGUAUUGGGAAGAACACAAUCGACGAGCCAGAAACGCCCGACACCGGAUCGACAAAUACUGCACCAGGAAUUGACGGCGUGGAAAUCAUCGACAAACCGCUCCAGAGAGGAGAAGAAAAAUCACUAGAAGUUGCGUGGUUGAUGUCGUUCCCCAACAGCGGAACGACGUAUACCAAUCAUCUAAUACAGGAUUACACCCGGACCACGACGGCUACAAACUAUGGACAAGAGCAGGAUACCAAAAACGAAACAAUAUCGAUUUUUGCAGACUCUAUAGAUGGUCCCUUCUUUCGUUAUCCGACCUGGUCGUUGCCACCGAAGUUCAUCCUUACCAAAACGCAUUGUGGCGGAGAAUGCGAUGCGUGUCAGACUCCGGGCAGCAAACAAUACAACAACACGCUGGGUGCCUUCGAAGAAGCUUGUCGCAGCGGGAAGCGAAUAGUCAAUAGAACGAAAGUGCGGACAACAUACUCUUCGGAUAUUCCCAAGAGGGCGGUUCAUCUAAUUCGUGAUCCGUUCGAUAACAUUGUGGCACGAUUGCACCUCAAAGAACGACGGUGGGCACGCCGGAGCAACGACAAGAAAUACGAGGAACGGGUCGACCGAUUCAACAAGACAAAAGAUGGAUUCCGGGCCUAUUGUCGUUUUAGGGACACCGAUUCCCUCAAGCAGGAGAUGCGCCAACGCGUUCUGAGCGAUGAGUUGUUGCAGUUUGCGAAGAACAUUCCCUGUUAUGCAGAAUUCAUAACCUACACUCAGUGGCACAACCAUGCGAUCGAUCUUGUCGCAAACAAGAAAAUGCCUGUGCUGACCUUGUUUUAUGAGGAUUAUGCUUCGAAUUGGGAUGAAACGGUGAACCAAUUGCUUCGAUUUCUGGCGCUGAGUCCAGCCAAAGGCGCGAAAGCCGAAGAAUUUAUUCUUGGAAAGCACUACGACGAAUUUUACUUCGACGAGGAAAAAUCGAAUGCCACGAAAUUGAUUCGAGCUCUGGCAUCGCCCGAAUUAUGGGAACUGUUGCAACGGUACUUGCGUUAGCGAACCCUUUUGCCAACCAUCUCGAGAAUUUUGGGCUCUAGAAUCUCGACCACGGAUUUGUCCUCUAUCGUCGGCGAUAUUGUGUAGGUUUCACCGUUUGCGAUUUUCGACAUCAUGCCCCUCAGAAUCUGUUCGAGGCGCGGUUGAGACGUGMAAGGGAAAUCGUGAGACGAGCUUCGGAAUGCCACGCACUCUGUUUCACACGCGAAAAGCAAGCACGCAACGGACGUACCUUUCCCGACCGCGUCUUUGGCAGACCACACUCUGCUACGGAAACGUUUUUGAAGGCAGCCACGGGGCCUACUUUCUCGCGAACCAUUGCCACGAGGUCGUCGCAGAUCUGCUCGUGAUCCGCCGGGUCCGUGCCCUUGGUACAAACCACAAUGCCAAAAGGGAGGUGGCCCUUGAUGUCGUCCUUGACGCGGAAGACUGCACAAUCCGCAACACUUGGGUGCUCCAAGAGGACCUCUUCCAUUGCUCCCGUGCUUAGCCGGUGGCCCGCAAUAUUGAUGGUGUCGUCGGUCCUUCCCAUGAUAGAAAUAUAACCAUCUUCGUCAAUAAAAGCUGCAUCGCCAGAAUCGUAAUAACCCGGAUAUUUCUGCAUAUACUUCUCAACAAAACGGGCAUCAUCUUUGUACAGAGUCUUCAUAGACCCCGGGGGCAAUGGUGUUUUGAUUACCAUAUUUCCUAGUUCGUUUGGAGCUAAUUCAUUACCUUCAUCGUCAACGAUCGAUAUUUUGAAUCCGGUUACCGGCAAACUGCAAGAACCAUACCGGAUAGGCACCCUUCCCAGUCCAGUAGCAUUCCCUACAGCCGGCCAGCUAAGUGAAAAAAA